AUGUUUCAAGGAAUAGACCAUCUCGAAUUGAGGAUUUUUCGUUUUGCUUGCGCCAAAAUUCUGUCGCCGUCCACCUUUGUGUACGAAAGUAAGAUAAGAAAUCCAAAUCUUUCAAAGGAACUACUUUUGCGGCAAUCUCAAGCGUUCUUGGAAGGAGUUGAAGCACAAAUGGCUCUGCCAGUCUUGCGUGGCUGUCUGAAAUUAUACACUUUCUUGUACACAAAAGAACUGGCAUGGUUUAUGGAUCUAAAUGAUGCAAGCUUUGAUUCUUUCCUUGGAAAAUUGCUGACGUAUAGGUAG